UGCGCACGUAACAUUGUAGAAAAGGUUCAGCCGCCAGGUACCCAAACUCGGAACUCGGAGAUCUUUAAAUUCCUACAACACAGGGAAGCAUUCGGGGCAUGGGGCCCAAGAACUCAUGUAACUACGGACAGUAGCAGUGCGCUGCAGUAGCCAAAAUUUCACCGCGCAAGAGCUACAGAUUCCUUUGCAAGGUGGAGAUGCAGCAGCGGCGAGACUCUACCGGCGGUUGCUGCUCUGUCCGCACUCCACUCGCUUCGCAUCUUUCGUCCGCUUUUGACGAAAUUCAUCUGUUCGAACAAAAGUCCGGGGAACUUUGUUAUGCUCUCUUUUUGAAGCACGUCUGAUUUUCUUCUAAGUGCUCGCAAACAAUCCUGGCGGUGGUGGCUCGGGAGUCACUCACGAAUUAGCCCUCCGCAGCGCGUGUGAGCCUUCUGCGAUUGGAUUCUCAUUCUUAAGAUCGUUGUUGUUCUCCUUGGACGGCCUGACGACCUCCUUUCAGUUUUAAUGCCAUCGAUGCCGAUCUCUCCGAGCUUGGAAAAUGGCAAGAGAAAGUCGAGUUCGGCUUUCCAGGUGCCUGAGCCGAAGCGCUUGAAAUACGGCGAAGCAUCAAGAAGGAGCGAACUUCUGGAGCAGCGCCGCUCUUUGCCCAUUGCUUCAGCCUCAAAGAAGCUGGUGGAAGAAGUGCAGAAGAACGAUACGCUUAUCGUUAUUGGGGAGACCGGAAGUGGUAAAACUACACAAUUGCCUCAGUUUCUACACGCGGCAGGAUAUUGCAAAUUCGGCAGCAUGGUGGGCAUUACUCAACCUAGGCGAGUUGCCGCUAUCACUGUGGCAACUCGAGUAGCCGAAGAGAUGGGUGUACAGCUGAGCAAGGAAGUUGGGUAUUCCAUCAGGUUUGAAGACGCGACGAGCUCACAAACGAAGCUGAAGUUUAUGACAGAUGGAAUGCUUCUUAGGGAGGCACUUCUUGAUCCUCUUCUACAAAAGUACUCUGUAAUCAUCCUUGAUGAAGCCCACGAGAGGACAAUACAUACGGAUGUGCUUUUUGGGCUUUUGAAGGGUGUCCAAGCUAGAAGGCGGGAAGUGUCGAAAGUUGGUACCGAUCCUGAAGCCGGUGAUCAAAACAAGCAAGACAAGACGGUUGCGAAGGCAUCCGAGCAUCAAACGCAGAUUCAGUCGCAAAUGGAAGCUAAUAGUAGAAAUGGAAACUCUAAAAUCAAGCAACUGAAACCCCUCAAAGUCAUAAUCAUGUCUGCCACAUUAGAUGCCCAGGGAUUUAGUGAGUAUUUCAACGGUGCCAAAGCUGUCUACGUUCAGGGGCGGCAGUACCCGGUGCAGAUUAUGAACACCUACACAGCCGAAGCUGAUUAUUUGGAUGCUGCCCUAAUUACUACUCUGCAGGUUCAUCAAGAAGAGUUACCCGGAGAUAUUCUGGUCUUUUUGACGGGGCAGGAGGAGAUUGAAAAUAUGGAGCGGCUCCUGACAGAGCGUAUUGCAUUUUUGCCUGAAGGAUCUCGGAAGAUUUUGGUUGCGCCGAUUUAUGCUGCCCUUCCGAGUGAGCAACAAAUGCGGGUUUUUGAACCAGCUCCGAGUGGAUAUCGCAAGGUGAUACUGGCUACCAACAUUGCUGAGACAUCCCUCACUAUACCUGGGAUUCGCUACGUGAUAGAUCCAGGUUUGGUGAAAGCCAAGGCUUACAAUCCACGCAUUGGUGUUGAGUCUCUAGCUGUUGUGCCGAUAUCAAAAGCCCAAGCUGCACAACGAAGUGGUCGUGCAGGGCGUGAAGGACCAGGGAAAUGCUUUCGCCUGUAUACUGUGGAAGCUUUCAACCAACUUCAGGAUGCAACAGUACCAGAGAUCAAGCGAUGCAAUUUAGCGAGUGUUAUGUUGCAGCUCAAAGCUCUAGGAAUUGACGAUGUGUUAGGAUUUGACUUCAUGGACAAACCCUCUCGGGCAGCCAUUGUCAAGUCUUUGGAACAUUUAUACACUCUAGGAGCUUUAACGGACGAGGGGAAGUUGUCAGAUCCCCUAGGGGUGCAGAUGGCUCGGUUUCCUUUGGAACCCUUAUAUGCGAAGGCUAUGUUGGUUUCGAGUAGUUUCAAAUGCUCUGAAGAAAUGCUUACUACCGUUGCGAUGCUAUCGGCUGAGUCUAUUUUUUUUACUCCACGCGAAAAGUUCAAAGAGGCAAAUGCUGCAAGGCAACGCUUUAGUAGCCCCGAAGGUGACCAUAUAACACUUAUCAAUGUUCUACGCGCCUACACACAAGAAGUGGAAGGAGGUCAAAGUCUUGAUAGUGAAGCUCAUCACAAAAAGUUUGAGAAGAAACUACGGGGUUGGUGCUCUACUAAUUUUAUUAAUGGCCGCUCUUUAAGGCGAGCUUUAGAUAUAAGGAGACAAGUGCGUGGCUAUGUGGAGGGUAUGGGUUUGGAACUUGUUAGCUGUGGUGAUGACUUCACACAUUUCCGACGAUGUCUUACUGCUUCAUUCUUUCUGAAUUCCGCACAUAAACAAGCAGAUGGAAAGUACAGAGCUUUGUCAAGUGGCCAAACUGUUGCUAUCCACCCAUCAUCAGUUCUGUUUGGCAAGAAACCUGAUUGCGUUAUUUUCAACGAACUAGUGAGGACCAACCAACAAUACAUAAGGUCUCUUACGAGGAUCGACUCCCUCUGGCUAGCAGAACUUGCUCCCCAGUAUUACAGCACUAGAGACGUAGAGGACGCAGCGAGACCUACCACUCAACAAGAAGAUUUUCACUCGCAUUGAAAUUGAACUGUUUUUGCAAGGGACCCAUCAUGCCAGAAUUGACGACACGCACUAAACUGCCAAGAAUUUCAUGGUUCAAUUUAUUUAGAUUGUGACUGAUGUAAGGAACGGGAAAGAUCAUGAAUUUGGUCCUGUUUCAUCGAAGUCUCCUGUUUGAUGACUCUUGUCAUUAACCCUUUCUACGAGUGAAAAGUCAACCUUCCUGGACGAACCUAGGAAAAUAUGUACCUCGGUUCUGUGGUGACUGCAUUGAAACAUUGAAAUUCGUUCCUCCAACUCUCCGACUGUUGGCAUCUCGCAAGUAAGAGUAUGUUUACAGGCGCAACGAUGUGCUUGCUGGUUUUAUUUUUGCUGACCUUUGUGACAGCAGAGCAUGAUAGGCCGAAUCAAGAUAUCGGUACGAAAGAGAAGAUCGGGAAAUAAGAUUCCCGAUGUAUAUGGUGCCCGGCCGGAUCGGCCUUGCCUCACGUUGACGAUGACGUCCAAAAACCUUUUAUCUGGAUUGGAAGACCCCGUCAAGCAGAACAAGGAUGAAACAAAAUGGGUAAUAAAGGCUCCGAUAGUGUUUCAUGCACAUGCAUGCAUCGAAAGCAUGUGACCCUCCAGCGUUCUACUCCCAUCAAACUCUCGUGUGUUCUCACACGAGAACACAGAUCAGGCGGUCAAACCAGGAGGUUUGAUGGAACCUGACCACUGGUUUCAUGUCCACAGCAUCCUAACCCACGUCAAGGAAAUCAGGAACAAGUUUAUUCACGCGCCUGACGAAACCCUUCAUGCCGCGUCAAGCUGAGGGAGUGUAAAUCCCGCGGCAUUGUGGAAACAAUGUCUGAGGAUGGUCUCCCUGCGAUUUACGGGAGUUGGUCCCAUCGCAGUGAGACAUCUGAGUUGACAUUCAACCUUCCACAAUCUGCGCGGAAUGAAUGGCCGCAAGAAAAGGGGAUGACAACAGGGGCAAGGCUGAGGUCUCUCUCUAUAUAGGGAAAGAAUGAGCUGCAGGUCUAUCAUCG